AUGGCUUUGGAAGAUAAAGAUGUAGAAUUUGGCCCUUUAAAGGAAAAAUGGUUACAGCAGAAAAAAUCUGAUGGGAUGAGCGACGGCCCAGCGAAGACACGGUUAAUGGCAGAAAUAGUAAAUUGGACUCAAGGAAUGUUGGGGGAAAUGUUGGAUGAAAAUAAUUUGGACGUUAGUAAGCAACUAUGUAAAGAAAAGGAGAAAGAUGGCAAAGCAAUGACAAAUGAAGAAAUAGAAGUGUGCGCCUUUAUUGUGAAAGGUUUAUAUAACAUGAAUUCAAUGAGUAAAUGUAGAAAAGGACACAUUAAUGCAGUAAUGAGGGAAUACGUCCGCUGUGCAGUAAUGAGUUCUUGGAUAUAUGAGUACCAAAGUACACACUGUGGAAAAAAGCAUGUUAUAAACAAUGCGCUGGAUGUAAUGAAGAUUAUAGGUUCACAUCUUAGUUCAAGUGGUGGGUGCGAAGAAUGUACGUAUAAGGGGUUAGAACCCAUGGUAGUAAAUAAAAAACCAAUGUUAGGAGCUAUUCUUGAACUUAUGAAUACGAAUACGAAAGUUACGCAAUUAAUAAGGAAAAAUCAAACACCGAAGGAAAAAUGUACGCCAGAACAGAAGAAGGAUUUACCACAAUUAGUUUUCCCGGAUAUUAGUAGUAGCCCCAAUAUGAAGAGCACAGGGUCAUCACAUGAACAACAACAACAACCUGCACCGCAACCAAAAAAAAUGAGCACACAGCAGUUUAAUUUUCUAUCCAAGUUACUGCCACAAUGGAUAAGAAAGUACGGUAUGAAGGAUGUGGAGAACAUUGGGGAACAUGUAUGGAAGGAUAUGGAAAGUAUGUUCAACGAUUUGAGGAAACGGAUAAAGACAGAUUCUCAUGUGGAAAUGAGUAUUUGUGCAGAUAUCGGUAAGGGGGAAACUCCUCAUGUGACAAUUAAAAAAGAAUUAUGUAAAGCUUUAGUAAGAAUUAUUUACUAUGUGAGUGGAAUUAAGUUACCUGAAAAUAGGGGGCAGGGGAAUCCGACGAAAGAGAAAAUAAAGAAAGUAGAUUUGUAUUUACGGUGUUUAGUUGGCAAGGUAACUAUGAUAAAAUUAUUCGGGGAGCAUUGCAGGAUAGAGGACGUAGCUCAAUAUUUAGUGGGAGUAAUAAAAGACAAGUUAAGUACACAUGGUGCUGCGGACAAAUAUAAUCAGUGUAAAUUAGUGAACUAUGAAGAAAUCAAUAUAGGCAAGAAGUUCAUUGGAGAAGGAAUAGAAAAAUGGGUGAAAAUUUACAAAGAGCAAACAGGAAAGAUACCCUUCAUAUUGAGCUGGAAUAAUUGUGUAAAUAGUACUAAUUUACAGCAGGGUAAGGGUAGGAAAGGAAUGAAGGGUGGGGAGCAUUUUUAUUCACUCUUAGGUAUUAAGGGUGGUGAGAACGAAUUAACAAAAUUGGCCGACACUACUGGUAGUUUGCCAAAGGCUUCAGUGGAGGAAAUGUUAAAAAAAAUUAAAAGGAAGAAAGAAGAAAAAAGGAAACAGGAUGGAUGCCCCGAUAGUAACCCUACCGGAUUCGAGGAAGGCGAAGAACUUACUAUUAGUGAGUGGUUCACGUACUUCUUUAAUGAACCAACGGAUGAUGAUGAAGACAAGUAUGAUUGGAGUAGGUACAGUGCAGAUAAGGCCAUAUGCGAGGACCCUGAUGAGAUUGACGUUGAUAAAUAUGGAGACUUUUGUAAAAUAAUGUUAAAGAAUGUAAUGAUGGUAACAAAUAAGAAGAAUCAGUAUAACCCAAAGGACCAGAACCCUGCAUGUAAGGGGAAGCAUAUCCCUUUAUGUGAACUAUUAAAAGUAUGGAUGUAUUAUAUGAGUACCGUUUGUGCACCGAAGAAAGUUGCAGACUAUGUAUUCAGGGCUGUGGAUGCAUUAAGCCAACAGUGGGGGAAGGAAAUUUAUGUGAAGUGUGAGUACAAGGAAGCAGUAAAUCUAUAUAGGGAAAAUAAAGAUAUGUUAUAUGAAGUGCACAAAUUAUUACAGAGUGGUAUUAGCAGUAAUAAAUUUGGUCUAUUAAGUAAAAGGAAAUGGUGCGACGAGAGUACAAGACAAUAUCAAACGAACUUAAUGGAAAAUAGUACGCGUGCAAGGAGUGAUAAAGGAGAAAAAAUUUCAAUCAUCAGUCAUAAUAGUGAGGGGACAGGGAUGGAGGACACCAUUAAGAGAAUUAUGGAGCAGAUGGAAGAGGAGGAAGAAGAAUUGGAGGGUAUAAUGCAAGUUGUUGAACAAGGUGGAGGGCCGGGGGUGUCUAAAGCAGGUGAAGCACCAGGUAAGAAUACUCCAAUAAAAAAUGAAAUACAGCCUCCUGAUGUGAAAUUUCCUGAUGAAAAUGAAGGUUUUAUAGACGGUCCUGACCCCAAUAGCAAUCCAAAGAACGCAGUGGACCCCAUUGAAGUUAAUAAGUGGGGCAGUGGCAGAAUAGACUCUGUUUCCACUGGAGUUACUCCUGAAAUUACUCCAUCACUUCCUGCAGAUACAACGGAAACUAAUCCCAAUUCAGCAGGUUCUGUUCCUCCAACCGGGCAGCUUGGUUCUUCAGGUACAGGAAGUAGUCCUGGCGAAAAAGGUCCUCAAACUGGUGAAAUAGGUCAAUCAGAAAUUAAGGGUCCAGAUGGUGGUCCCGUUCCACCUGAUGCAGAUGUUACUCAUCAACAUGCUGGUGGUGGAGGUGGUAUAGGUGGUAAAGCUGAUGAUAGCACACCACCUGGUCAAGGUCCUGGCAACAGUACCAUCACCAUUACCACGAGCAACAGCCUCAACAUCAUCACCAACAUCCACAAGUAUUACAACAGAGAGAAGUGGUCCAAGGAGGGGGGCUGA